UCUUUCUUUUUAGGGGUUUUCUUGUCAAACCCAUUCACUCCUGUUUCCAUCAUCAACAACUUCUCACCCUCUGUUUUUAUUACACACACACACACACACACACACACACUUUCAUCAUCUUCAAUUUCCCCCAAAAUUCACCAAAAUUAUGAACUGCUUCAACAUCUUCAACUCCAAAACCAAGAAAAAAUCCAAAUCCUCACCGGAGCUCCGAGAACAACAACAAACCCAAUCAUCCAAACAAGCUACAAGAUUAGUUAAAUCAACUGGGUCAAUCUCUUCACCUCGAUCCAUACCCGAAUUGUACAGAGAAAAAGGCCACAAUCUCAAAAAGUUCUCCUUUUCGGAGCUCCGAAUUGCUACUAACAAUUUUAACAGGAUGUUGAAGAUCGGUGAAGGUGGGUUUGGAAGUGUUUACAAAGGCUCUAUUAAACCGGUUAGUGGUGAAGGUGAUCCUCUUGUGGUUGCCAUCAAGAAACUCAAUAGAAAUAGCCUGCAGGGGCAUAAAGAGUGGUUAGCAGAAGUGCAGUUUCUUGGUGUGGUGGAUCACCCUAACCUUGUAAAGCUUUUGGGGUACUGCUCGGCGGAUGGAGAACGGGGCAUACAACGAUUGCUGGUUUAUGAGUACAUGCCGAACAAGAGCCUAGAAGCGCAUCUUUUUGGACGCGCAUUGCCGCCGAUUCCUUGGAUCACACGGUUAAAGAUCCUUCUUAGUGCGGCCGAGGGUCUCACUUAUCUUCAUGAGGGCUUGGAGAUCCAGGUGAUUUUCCGAGACUUCAAGUCUUCGAAUGUGUUAUUGGAUGAGAACUUCAAUGCAAAACUUUCGGAUUUUGGUCUUGCUAGAGAAGGACCUCAAGGGGACCGGUCUCAUGUAUCUACAAUGCCUGUUGGUACAUACGGAUACGCUGCUCCGGAAUACGUGGAAACCGGCCAUCUCAAAUCGAACAGCGAUUUAUGGAGUUUUGGAGUCGUACUAUACGAGAUCUUAACAGGAAGACGAGCAAUCGAUAGAAACCUACCACAAUCCGAACAAAAACUUAUUGAAUGGGUGAAACAAUACCCGGCUGAUAGCAAGAGGUUUAGGAUGAUAAUGGAUCCGCGCUUAAACAAUCAAUACCCGCUCGACACUGCCCGAAAAGUUGCGAAACUGGCUGAUAGCUGUCUGAAAAAGAACCCCGAAGAACGGCCGCCUAUGAGUAGGAUUGUUGAAAUAUUACAAGACGCGAUUAGAGAGUCGGGAAACGGUAACAUUUCCGAAAUUACGAGUGUGGCACCGAGUCCCUUACCGGAGCCCUCAACACGAAGAGCGGUCCGUGCAUCUUAGGUUACAUUGAAUAUUGGAGACAUGAGGUUUUUUUUGUUAGCCGAGGUUGCUUCAGGGAUCACGCGAGAUGUGAAAGUCAAUUUUUAUUUAUUAUUUUAUAGUUUAUAGUUUAUAUUUUAUUUGUGACUGAAUUAUUAUUAUAGGUUUAUGAUAGAGACGUAUGUGUACAGGGUGUUGAAUAAAAUAUGUAGCUACAAAAUGUCUUCCACUGUAAUUAAAUUUGUCAAAGUUGGAGAUAAUAAACAUUCGAAAGGUUUGUUUACUUUUA